GACGUCCUACAGCUGAAUACUGGAGGCUGGAGUAGCUCAUCGGCUUGUGCACUAUUUGCAGUUCGUCUUGCGGCGGCAUUUUGGUACGGAUCUUCGCAGACGUGGGGCAGGGGAGGGAACGAUUUCCUUUGCCUCUCGCCAGGAUACUUCGCGACUCGCAUUAGCGCCAUAAUGGGGAAGCCAAAGAAUAAUGCAGGCGCUGGCGGGAAGACAAGAGGGAAAAUCAGCAGGGGUCGAGGCGGCGGCCGUGGGUCGACAAGACAUCAGGCGUACAUGCAAGAAAGCUCUUGGCGGCCAGACAGUGCGAUAGACGACCCCGCAGAAGCAGAUGAAGACCCAGAGAUUCAGUCCGACUGUAGCGAAUUAAGCGAGAAAGCCAAGGGUAAGCAACGGCAGCUCGAUGGCUAUGUUGGAGCAACUUCUGAGGACGAGAGCGGUGAAGAGAGCGACGAUGCUGUGAAAGGACCAGACAACCUUGAGAUUCCUUUAGCCAUGUGGGAUUUCGGCCACUGCGAUCCGAAGAGAUGUUCUGGACGCAAGCUUGCACGGCUCGGAUUCAUGCGAGAGCUCAAGAUUGGGCAACGAUUCCGUGGUGUGGUCUUAACGCCAAACGCAACAAAGACCGUGUCUCCUGCAGACAAGGAUAUCAUCGAACAGCAUGGCCUUGCAGUCGUCGAAGCGAGCUGGGCAAGGUUGGAUGAAGUGCCAUUCGGAAAGAUCAAAUCGCCACAUGAACGGCUACUCCCUCGCUUGGUGGCUGCGAAUCCUGUCAACUACGGCAAGCCGCUCAAACUCAACUGUGUAGAAGCGCUUGCAGCUGCUCUGUACAUCUGCGAUGAGCCUGCCAGCGCCGACCUCAUCCUCAGCAAAUUUGGUUGGGGCCACAGUUUCCCAGAGCUCAACGGGCCAGUCCUUGACAUCUACAAACGGUGCAGAGAUCAUGAGGACAUAGACAAGGCUGGGAAGCAGGUGGUGGCAGAUGAGGAGGAACGCCGGCAAGCCGGGAAGAUGAAAAAAUUUGAUCCCAUGCAGCUGCUGAUGCCAGCGGAUGAAGGAGACGAGAGGGAAGAUGUCAGAAGCACAUGACGAUACCCACGAACUUGUAUCCUUUGUUCGCAGACCAGGUGAAGAAGGCAUUGGGCUUUAGGGCAUUCUCCUUUUCGUACAAGUCAUAAAUUACACGCAAUUAUCGUGGCACUUAUCCUGACGACCGGAAAGAAAUACACGUUCUAG